GUAGAGCUCGCCUUGGUGGCGUCCUUAAGAUUGGCGAUUUAAGUUUGUGUUAUCAUUUAUCCGGCCGUCUCCCUCUAUUUGAAUCUUUCUCAAGAUCAAAAAAGAAAAACAAAAGAAAGAAAAAACCUCGACCGGUACGGCAAUUCAGUCUCGUCCUUGCCCUUGUCAACAGUGUUUUUAUCAUAUCAGCCCAAGGAUGUGUUUUUUCCUUGUAACAGCGAUAAACGGGGCUUUUUAUUUUAUUAUGUCCUAAAUCGAAAGUGUUCCUCACCCUGGGAACAUGGUUUAUCACAAGCCGAGAUCCGUUUUGAAAGUUUCCUCAGAGGGUGGUUCAAAUUAAUCUUUUCAGGAUAUGAUUUCAAAUAUCUCAAAGAGAUGCUGUUCUCACACUGCCGUAAGUACGAUAAAGAGAGUCCUAGUCGUAAAGAAAAGGUCCAGAUAUUCCCUGGAGAAGGGCCAAUACCCUGGCAUAACGGAUGCACAGUUGGAUAAGAUCCUGAAGAAGCGAGGAUCCGAUGUCGAGAUGCUGCUUUUAACACAUAAAACGCACACUUGCAACACUCAGGAUCUAUUGAAUUCGUUUAUUUCCGCUGGAUUCCAUGUGGACGUUGUUGACAGGACGAAGCUGGAGGAAGAUGCAAUCGAAUGGGCGGAUUUGGUAGUGGCUGCUGGUGGUGACGGCACUUUUCUGAUGAGCUCGAGUAAAAUCAAGACGAGGGACAAGUCGAUCGUCGGUUUCAACACAGACCCCUGCAGAUCGACUGGCUACCUCUGUGUGAAUGGAAGAAAGGGUUUAAAUUGUUCAGCAAUUAUUUCACGAAUUAAAAAAGAGGACUACAAUUAUUUGUUUAGGACGAGAAUACAGGUAAAACUGACUGGCCUCAGGGCUAAUGAAGAUGCAGUGGAGUUGGACCAAUGCCCACAACCAAUUUUUUACAGAAGUCCAGGAAGUCGGGAAUGGAAGGCUAAUGAAAAUUCCAAGGUGGAGACUCGAGUCCUCCCUUUUCUGGCUUUAAAUGAGGUUUUCAUCGGUGAAAGCCUUUCGUCUCAGGUAUCACACCUUGUGCUGGAUGUCCCUGGAGUCGAGAGGACAAAGGUCAAGUGUUCUGGGCUAUGUGUCUCAACAGGCACCGGCUCCACGAGUUGGCAUAUGUCUAUAAAUAGACUCACCAAGGCAAAAGUGCACAAACUUUUAGAAAUAGCUGGGAUUGAUAAGACACCACAGGAGAUUGAGAAAAUAUCUAAUGACUUUAAUGCAUCCCUUAGGUUUUCACCCGAUGAUCCUCGCUUGUUUUACACUCUUCGAGAUCUCAUUCGUGCUGGCGUUUGGCCUGAUCCUCCUGGGCUUCCAUCAGGCGCAUUUACACCAUCGCUUGUUGUGACGUCAAAGUGCUUUUCUGCCAACCUCGUUCUUGAUGGCUCCAAAGCGUAUGCAUUUAACGAUGGCACAGUCGCUGAAAUGGAAAGCCGGCCGGAAAACAUGCUGAGGACCCUUUUUUUCCCUUGAGCAAAACUGUUUCAAGCAUCUUCACUAACAUUGUUGAGACUGAUUUUUAUUUCUUUUAUCGAUGAAUAGCAAAUGCAUAACACUGCACUGAUGUAAUGAUGCUAUUGCAUAUACAAGCAUUGUAAAUAUAAAAAAAACUUUUUCGUAUAAAUUUUAUUGUAGAGAUGUAUAUUUUGAAGGAAAGUGAAAUAAAGAAAGAACUGUUUUAAAUUA